CUCCGGGCCCACUGAGGCCCCGCCCCCUAAUGAAUAUGCAGAUAGCGCUGCCCGCCGCGCACUGCCCCGCCCUCUACCUUCUCCCUCGCAACCGACUCUUCCUUCAAACGGGAAACAAGAUGGCGGCUGCAGGUCCGAGUACGCGGGCCUCUUCCGCGGCUGCAGCGGCAGCUCUGAGUCGGCGGGGCCGGCGGGGCCGCUGCGAGGAGAUGGCAGCCAAGACCGGCGCCCGGGGCUCGGCUUCUGGACCCGCGCUGUUGGUGCUGCCGCCGCCGUUGCUGCAGCCGCGGCCGGAGGAGUCGGGCUGCGCCGGGUGCCUGGAGACCCCGGGGGAAGCGGCGGCCCUGCCUUGCGGCCACUCGCUGUGCCGAGGCUGCGCCCAACGCGCCGCCGACGCCGCUGGCCCGGGCUGCACGCGCUGCCGCGCCCGCGGUUCGGGCUGGGCCCGCCGUCGGGCCCGCGACGACGGCCAGGCCGACGCGGAGGGGCUGGGCGAGCGCGCCCGCCGCGGCCCGCCGGAGCGCUGCCGUGCGCGUCGGGACGGGGGCGCGGCCGCCGCGGGGCCCAGGCCGGAGCAGGAGCCGCGCGCCGCGCCCGCGGAGCCAGAGUUUAUAUUCAGAGCACCAAUCAAAUUAAGCAAGCCUGGGGAACUUCGUGAGGAAUAUGAAAGCCUGAGAAGGCUGAGGGAAGAAAAGUUACAAGAGGAGAAAACCUCUGAAGAACAAAUCCACAAACUGUUACCAGAGGAUACAGAAACAGCAAAAAGGAAAAUGGAUGAACAGAAAAAAAGAGAUGAGCCAUUAGUACUGAAAACAAAUCUGGAACGUUGUCCUGCACGUCUCUCAGAUUCAGAGAAUGAAGAACCUUCCCGAGGCAAGAUGACCCAGACACACCGCUCAGCGUUUGUUUCCAAGAACAACUCCUACUCCUUAGCCUUCCUGGCAGGGAACCUGAAUUCCAAGGUAGAAAGGAGUCAAAGCUGCAGUGACACUGCUCAGGACAGAGGGAAGAGCAGACUCAGAGCAGCUCCAGCCAGCAAAGCCAAGGUCGCAGCUCUGACCCCGGCAUCUAACCCCAUCAUUGGGGUCCUCUUGUCCACUCGAAACAACCGCUGCCUCUCCGCCCCUGACUUAACCGUUGAAAAGCGUCUGCCCUUCAGCUCCCUCUCAUCCUUGGCUUCGCUGCAUAAGCCAGAGCGCUCCAUCAGCCCUGAGAGCAAUGACAGCAUCUCUGAAGAGUUAAACCAUUUCAAGCCCAUUGUCUGCUCCCCAUGUACUCCUCCCAAGAGACUCCCUGAUGGCCGUGUGCUAAGUCCCCUCAUCAUCAAAUCAACACCCCGCAACCUAAACAGAAGCCUGCAGAAGCAGACUUCUUAUGAAGCCAGUCCACGGAUUCUCAAAAAGUGGGAACAGAUAUUUCAGGAGCGGCAGAUCAAAAAGACCCUUUCGAAAGCCACCCUCACCUCCCUGGCUCCAGAAACAGGGGAAGAUUUAGUUGUCUCUGAAGUUACUCAUUCUAGCAAGGAGAAGCCACCUCUGACUUUAAAUACAAGACUAUCCACUGGUCAAGUACUCUCUGAGUAUACUGGACCCACCCCCACUGACCCUGAUUAUUUCCCCUCUGUUAGCCAGACAAAAGCGGAACGGGACAGUGAUAGUAGAAGGAGCCCUGAGACCCCAUUGGAAACGUGCUGUUCUUCAGAAUUCAGAGUGGGAGCCAGUGCAACUUCUUUGGAGAGAGAGCAGUUUGAAGGAUCAGGGUCAACCCUAGACGCCAAGUUAGACAAAACCUGUAUAAGCACAACCCUGAAAAUCUCGGCAGUUAAUUCAGUGCUACCCCAAAACAGUGUUUUGGGUGGGGUCCUCAAAACAAAGAAACAGCUGAAGUCAGUGAGUCGUUUUGAUCUGCCUAAUGGUAUUCUGACAGACAGCCUAGGUGAGGAACCACUUCCUUCCUUGCGUCGGGGCCGAAAAAGGCACUGUAAGACCAAGCACUUGGAACAAAAUGGCUCCCUUAAGAAGCUGCGACAAAGCAGUGGCGAGGUGGGAGUGGCCCUAACAGACCCAGUACUGCGAGAGAGGGAGCAGAAACUGCAGCAAGAGGAAGAGGACCGCCAGCUGGCUCUGCAGUUGCAGCGCAUGUUUGACAAUGAGAGGCGCACUGUGAGUCGACGAAAAGGAAGCAUGGAUCAGUAUCUCUUACGGUCCAGCAAUGUGGCCGGGGCCAAGUAGCACCUAAUGAACAGUGUUACCUAUUUUUAAGAGGUCUUUGGGCUUGAUCAUUUAUCCUGAAGAGCUGAGUGUUCUCACUUUGGGUGUCUUUUAAUGGCAAAACACUGUCUGAUAUGAUUUGGAGAGGUCCCAGGGCCUUUGUAGUCUGUAUCCAAGGGAAUUGCAUCUUUGCCUCCCUGUGACCCAGGCCAGAAGCACUCCCCACCCUUAAGUGACCCGUCACUCAGGGCUUCUGGGCCAAAUCUGGCAACACCCAAUUUGGAAUGAGACUCAGGAGCACAGUGGACAGAAUUAGAAAUGGUACAGGAAAGAGGAGAUACCUUCUCAAACUGAUAGACCUCCUGACUUCUUUCACCAGGGUGUUGUUUUAAACCAGCCUUGCAGAUAAAAAUUAGUUCCAUCUUUUCCCAAAAAGUGGAACAGUGUCAUCCUUUGGCAGAUCCAAAGAGAUUAUGUUCCCCCUUCUCCUUACUCUUGCCACAAGUAAAUAUACCCAAUGAAAUCAGUUGAGUUUAUACUUCUACAAAAGUUAAUUUACAUUCCCUGCUUAAAAAAUGACAUUUGAUUAAUGCUAUAUAGUUGACCAACCACAUUCACAGUCAUUGUUUAAUUUGGUCUUCCCAAGAAACUUAACACAGAAGUGAUAUUAGCUCCAUUUUUAGAUGAUAAAACUGCAGUGCAGAUGUUCAGGAUCUCUGAACUAAGAGGCAGAGCCUAGACUGACUGCUGGAUCUCUUGACAACAAAUCCCAUGGAUUUUCCAUGCUAACAGGCUGCUGUUAUGAACAGCAACUCAAGGGCAUGCCAGGGGAGCCUAGGGAAAGCUGGCUGGGCAAAGAAUACCCAUCAUGCAAAACCCACAUGCAGAUAAUUGAGAUUGACUGGAAGUAUCAAUAUAUACUGUGCCCAUAUCCCCACCCCAAUGGUUUACUGCCUUCUUUAUUCCUGGGGGUGGGGGUUGGAGGGCCUCUACCCUGUGAGAUAAAUGACAAUUGGAUUCCAUUAUUACUAUCCACAUAGCCCAGGAUUAUCUGCAGUGUUGAUCUAAAAUCCAAAAAAUUUGCCAGAAGUCAGGCAAGAACAAUGCUGAAACUCCAUGCUAUGGAAACAAGGUAUCUAGCUGGAUACAGCUGGUAAAUUCAGUCCCAUGGACCUUUGGGGUUUAUUUUCCUUAGCAGCCGACACCGUGUGUCUUUUGCAUCCCUGGUGGUGCUUGGUGCUUCUGCCCAUCUGGGCUCUUUGAGAAUAGGGAUUAAGGUAUGACUUUAGGGAAUCUCAGAUGAUGGGCUGGCAUUCCCUGUGCAUGUAUGAGCUGUUACUAUAAAGUCAUAUGAGUGGCAUUUUAACAAACUUUUCAGAGCUUAUAUAUCGCUAUGUAUGUUGGCCCCCUUGUGUGGUCCUAACAGGAUACUGCAUAGGUUUUCCAAUGAUGUUGCCAUUGGCAAAAACAUUUCUGGAACUAUCCUCAAAGUGUAGAAACUUUUAGAAACAUAGAUUUCUAAAAUGUUAAUACAAGAAGGGACCUUAAUGGUCACCUCUUCAAACUCUUCCUCUUAGUAAUGUGGAAGAUAACAUCCCGAACACUGACUCACUGAUGUAGGUCACUAGGGAUUUACUAUAUCGCCUUUUGAUUCUUCUCAGGAGAUUUCUGCCCUUCUUCUCUGAGCAAACAUCUUUAAUCUUUCAAGGUUAUAGGAAAGAAGAUUUUAAGUUUGAAAUUAGAAGCUAUUUGAAGACUCUAGAAGAGAAGGUAGGUUAUCAAGAGGGUUUGAAGUAGUAAAUAUAAUGCAGCUGUAAAGCAAUCAGAGCCAUUUUCUUGUGUAGCUUAUUUACAAUUCCCAAAGAGAAGUUCCAGAGAUGUCUUAAGCAUUUUGGUCAUCAUUGAGAUAUGUGGAACCUCUUCAGUGACUACUUCAGUGCCCUCACCUGAAUGUGUAUGUAUUCUGUGCGUCUUUGCGUGCCCACAUGCAGAAGUAUGUUUCAAAAAACAUACAUCAGUCUCAUUACUUUAUAUUCACACCACUUCACUUCUAGGUCCCACCAGCAACAUAAGCCCUCCAAAGACUGCUGAAGGGUUGGUACCCAAGAUGGAAGAGCUGGCACUAGUCUGCAGAGGACAGGAAGGGUGACUUACUAAGUGCCCUUUGAGAAAACAUCCAUUACUGACAUUUCAUGUAGUUCCUUUUUGAUCUUAGUAUUACUGGGAGUCUAGUCUCAUUGGCAGAAGCAAAGACACUUAUUUUUCCACCUGCCACCUUUUUCUAUAUCUCCAAUAAUUUGAAAGGCACUUUUCAGUUGGAACAGAUUUUUGGUUUUGGAAAAAAGAUAAAUAUUUUUAAUAGAAAAAGACAUAUAUUUUAAAUAUUUCCCCAAAGUAAUGCUUUCAUUUUAAGCAAUUGCCCAGCAGUAGUAACAGAUUUUAGCUUCAGGUGCAGAGUGAACAGCCACUUGUUAAAUGCUGGAUCCAGCUUACUGACUUUCCUGCUUGCACCUACUCUGGUGCCUAGAAUGGUAAAUGUUGUUCUUUCCCAAACUUCCAGCUGAGCAGUAGUCCUUCAAAUACAGGUAAAGCAGUUUAGGUUAAAGAGGGGACUUGGCUCCAUCAUUAAAAUUCUCAGCUUGGGAGGAAGAAAAAAACCACUAAGGUAUUUUCUAUAUUUUAAGUUUUGUUCCAUACUUAAUAACUAAAACCUGAAUAUUUUUUCUUUUGAAAAAUUUCCUUCUCCUGUUUUUUGAUUGUGGAGUUGGUCACAAAUGGAGUUAUUGAUAUGACUUCUUUGGAGAAAUGAAAGACAAGGUAAAUAGAGGGAUGAGGGGAGGGUUUGUGAGAUAGAACAAGAUACAGUAUUUUACAAAGCAAACAUAUUUCUCACAGAUCACUGGAAUCUAAUUCACCAUACAAAUUUCCCAUGUCCUGCUAACUCUGUUCCUUGUGUAUAUGUAUUCUGUGUUUUUUAUUAAAGGAGAAGUUGGAGGAGGUUGGAGAAUGGAGGUCAUUUUGAUGGGAAACCAAAUAAUGUGGUGCCCUGAGAAGGGGUGCUCAGCCCUGGCCCAGACAGGGAGAGACAGUUGACUGUGUCUGUCAGACGAAGUUACCUGGGCCUGUUAGGUUGGUGUCAGAUCGGAAUUAUACCUCCAGCCCCGGCUCCUUUCCUAUAAUUGCCUCUUUUUAAAAGGUUAAUUCUUCUUGGCUUAGGCUUCCCAGGAAAACCUUUUGAAAGUGGCUUCAUUCAUUUUUGUUUAAUUUUUGAAAUUCUUGCCUGGAGGACAAACUGGUGAUGAAUCUUCUUUUUGUUGUUGUUGUUGAUCAUUUUCCAAAAAAAAUGCCCUUAACAGAGUAAA